AUGCGGCUCGACGUCAAGAGGCAGCUGUUUGCCCGCUCCGAGCGGGUAAAGGGCAUUGAUUUUCACCCUACAGAGCCAUGGAUCUUGACAACCUUGUACAGCGGUCAUGUCUACAUCUGGUCUUAUGAAUCACAGUCCAUUAUCAAAACAUUCGAACUCACCGAUGUCCCCGUUCGUGCCGGUCGUUUCAUUGCGCGGAAGAACUGGAUUGUCUGCGGUUCAGAUGACUUCCAACUGCGUGUCUACAACUACAACACCUCCGAAAAAAUUACCUCCUUUGAAGCACACCCGGACUACAUCCGUUCCAUCGCCGUUCACCCUACCCAGCCGUUCGUGCUCACAGCCUCCGAUGACAUGACAAUCAAGCUUUGGGAUUGGGAGAAGGGCUGGAAGUGCGUGCAGGUCUUCGAGGGCCACAGCCACUAUGUGAUGGGCAUGGCGAUUAACCCGAAGGAUACCAACACUUUCGCCUCUGCUUGUUUGGACCGGACCGUCAAGAUCUGGAACCUCGGCUCUCCCCAUGCCAACUUCACCCUCGAAGCUCACGAGACGAAGGGUGUGAACCAUGUCGAUUAUUAUCCCCAGGCUGAUAAGCCUUACCUCCUCACCACUUCCGACGACAAGACCGUGAAGGUCUGGGAUUACACCACAAAGGCGCUCAUCGCAACCCUCGAAGGCCACACAAGCAACGUCUCUUUCGCUUGUUACCACCCCGAAUUGCCUGUGAUUAUCUCUGGUUCCGAGGAUGGCACUAUUAAAAUCUGGCACGCAAACACCUACCGAUUGGAGCAGUCAUUAAGCUAUGGUCUCGAGCGCGCAUGGUGUGUUUCUUACCAGAGAGGCAGACAGGGGAUUGCCAUGGGUUUCGACGAUGGUGCGGUAGUAGUGAAGAUGGGUCGCGAGGAGCCUGCCGUUUCCAUGGAUGGAUCUGGUAAGCUUAUCUGGGCCAGACACAGUGAAGUCGUCUCGUCAGUAAUUAAGGGCGGUGAUGCCAGCAUCAAGGAUGGCGAGCCUCUCACGCUACCAACGAAGGAUCUCGGUCAGUGUGAGGUCUACCCCCAGACUCUGUCGCACUCUCCCAAUGGCCGUUUCGUUUCUGUCUGUGGAGAUGGAGAGUAUAUCAUCUAUACCGCAUUGGCGUGGCGAAACAAGGCCUUUGGACAGGCCCUCGACUUCGCCUGGGGCGCCAAGGACAACAGCAACGACUACGCUAUCCGCGAGUCGUCGACGAGCGUUAAGAUCUUCAAAAACUUCAAGGAGCAGAGUGCUGGUCUUGAUGUUGGCUUCCAAGCCGAGGGUCUGUCCGAUGGCGUUCUUCUUGGUGUGAAGGGCCAAGGUGGAAUCGGCUUCUUCGACUGGGAGACUGGCAGCCUAGUCCGCAGAAUCGAAGCUGACCCCAAAUCCGUUUACUGGUCCGAAUCUGGUGAACUGGUUACCCUCGCUUGUGACGAAGACUUUUACGUUCUCCGCUAUUCUCGUGAGGAAUACAUCAACGGCCUGAACGCCGGUGAAGCCGACGAGGAUGGUGUUGAGGCCGCUGUUGAGUUGGUUGCCACCAUCAACGAGUCUGUCCGGACUGGACAGUGGGUUGGAGACUGCUUCAUCUACACCAACUCCACAAACCGCCUGAACUACCUUGUCGGCGACCAGACCUACACAAUCUCCCACUUCGACCAACCAAUGUACGUCCUUGGCUACCUGCCCCGGGAUGGUCGUAUCUACCUUGCCGACAAGGAUGUGAACGUCACCUCCUUCAGCCUCUCCCUCAGCAUGGUCGAGUACCAGACAGUGGUGCUGCGCGGCGACAUGGACAUGGCCGCCGAGCUCCUCAGGGAUGUUCCCCAAGACCAGAUGAACAAGGUCGCCCGAUUCCUCGAAGGCCAAGGAUACAAGGAGAUGGCCCUCGAAGUCGCAACAGACCCCGAGCACCGUUUCGACCUGGCUCUCGCCCUGAACGACCUCGAGACUGCCCUGGUGAUCGCCCGCGAGGCCAACGUCGAGCACAAGUGGAAGAUCGUCGGUGACGCCGCCUUGGCUGGCUGGAACCUCGCCCUGGCGCAAGAAUGCUUCACCAACGCCAAGGACGUCGGUUCUCUGCUGUUGCUGCACACCGCCAGCAACAACCGCGAAGGUCUCAAGUCCCUGGCUGCCCAGGCCUCUGAAUCUGGCCUCCACAACGUCGCCUUCUCUACUCUCUGGUCCCUCGGCGAUAUCGAUGGCUGCAUUGCUCUUCUCAUCCAGACCAACCGCAUCGCCGAGGCUGUCCUCUUUGCUCAGACCUACAAGCCUUCUAGUGCUGCCAAGCUCGUUGUCCAAUGGAAGGAGUCCUUAGAGCAAUCCAACAAGGCCAAGGUCGCCCGCCUCAUCGGUGUCCCACCCGGUGCCCCAGACGUCGCCUCUACCGACGACGACCUCUUCCCCGAGUGGGAUGAGUACAUCCGACUAGAGAAGGAGGGUAUCGUCCCCGAGCCCCCUUCAUCCGAGUCUCUGAUUGACAUCAACGGAGACGGAGAUGAAGAGCCCGCCAGUGCAACCAACGGCGCCCCUGAAACUGAGGCCGAAGCUGAAGCCGAAGCAGAGCAGGAGCAGGCGGUGGAUGAAGCCGAUGCUGCCGAGGCCGAGUAA